AUGGUGGGUCCUUUUCACCGCUGUGCUUCAAGAUCAUACCCCACGUGCUCGAUUCGACCUUUUCUGGCGACCUCCACUCGACUUGGGUCGACACCGGCUGACCGACACGUCCACUCCAGCGUGCGCCUGCUCGACGACCCCAAACGACGCAACAGAAGGUGGCAGCUCCCAAGACCACGGGCAAAUCACUAAAAGACGUGACCAACGAGGAUCCAGCCAAGAAGUCCCAACAUGAGCCUGCGGACGACACUACCACUACGUCGUACGAGAACCCCACCAUCAUCACGCCGCCACUUGGCGUCCCCGCCCCUCACACGAAGACCUUGACGGCUGCCACCACUACCGCGAAAAACAGUGCCUCACUUCUGUUUGAGCCGAUUUCUGAUGGAAAGAGCCAUGUCGCCGAUGUCGGCCCAUCCGCUCGCCACGCGGCCUCCACGCACCUCGAACCCGAAGCAUCGCAUGGCCUUCACCUCGAGGACUCGGUGGUAUGUCGCGCGGACGUCCUGUCGUUUGUUCAAAGUGCAGCGCAAACAGGCUCCCUCAGAGAACGGAACCAAGCGCAAACGUGUCUGGGUGUCGGAGGAGAUCACUACGACCCUGCACCAACAGCGCCGGAAUGUUUGA